AUGAAACACAGUCGUUCGAAUGGUACUGGGACAGCAGUUUCUGGAUUCAAGAAGAUACUAAGACAGCUUUUACUCUUCUUGAACAAGAAGAGAAGAGAACAACUCGUCAUAAUCUUGAAAAGAAUAACCCAAGUUUAUGGAAUGAACCUAAUAUUUUAUGUCAAUAAAUGGAAAAUGAAGAAACUGCAGGGAGAAAAUCUUCAUAUCAAUGAUAUCAUGUCGUGGUUAAGAGAGUCUGCUAUAUUAGUAUUGUUGAACAUUCUAUAUCCAACUUUGGUGAAACUUCCAUUUUUGAAGAACGACUAUAUUCAUUGGUCCUCCAUAGUAGGAGUAUUGUUAAUGCUUACCAUGGGUGAAGUGCCCUCAUGGGUUAUCGCCCACUUUCUUGUCGAGGCUUUACACUCUAAAUUUAAGGAUUCAAAAUUAACACAGUGGUUGAAAAAAAAAAGAAUUCCCCAGGGUACGUUAAUAAAAUUCCAACAAAUUUUUUUGUGUUCAGCAGUAGUUGUGUUAUUUGCUAAACUGGACAGAAGCUCGUUACCAUUUUGUGUGCUUUUUGACCACAGGUCCUUUUCAAAAGAUUUCUUCACAAUCAAUGCCAUUUUCACAGUUUUGGCGAUAUAUCGCAGAAUAUCAAAAUUCUUUUUUACUUCAGGAACGAAAUCAAAUAAAAGUGGCUACAGCCAGGAAAUCCGGGACUUUUCUCAAUUGCUUGGUGUUAAAAACCAUAACGAUUGGCCCAUAUCUUCGUCAAAUUUGAAACAUGUAAUGGAUAGGCUAAAUGAAAUACAUGAAGUUACAAUUGAGGAUAACUAUGCAAAUUUUAACGAAAAAUUAAUAAAUUCAUGUUUCAUCAAGGGAUUUUUUCCAAGCCUAAAAUGGACUAUAUUAAGGCAAUGCAUCGAAUAUUUAUUUGUCACGAAAAGGCGCAGAUUAAUGAACAACAAAUUACGGUGUAUUGUGAUGCUUCUUACAUUCACCUUGAUAGAUCCAACAAGUAAAAUGAAAAUCAGCCCAUUUUUCGUGAAACUUCUUGCGAAGUCCUUAGUUAAUGUUUACCUAAAAAAGUAUUGGCAUUCUAACUUCCAGAAAUAUGUACUAUUUUUUUUGUUUCAGUUCAACAUUACGUGA